AUGAGCAAAGACUCCACCCCCACCCACCUCCACAUGCACCACCCCCGCCUAGCCGACUACUUCGAAGACUUCACGCGUCCACACCACCACACCACCUCUUCCUCUUCCUCCCCCUACACAUCAUCCACCGCAACCCAAGCCUUCACAACAGCAGCAGCAGCAGCCACCGGCGGCGGCACCGGCGGCACCGGCACCUCCCCGACCCUCACGCCCUCCUUCCUCCCCAUCGAAGACAUCUACAUCCCGCCGCAGUAUCAGCCCCCCAACCCGGAGGACGAAGACGAUGUGGUUCCGGAUCAACACGCCGCGUUUGGGAUUGCGAGGGCUAUGGCGCUGCAGGGGAGGAGGGGGGAGGGGGCCUGGAGGGAUUUGGGACUCGAGGGGUUGGUUAGUGGGAUGGGGGGAUCGGGGGGAGAGGCUGCAGGGGCAGGGGCGGGGGCGAAGGUGAGGGUUAGGGGGGAGGGGAGGUUGAUGGGGGGGAGGAGGAGGGUGGUUUGUUUGCGGUGA